AUGUCAUCAUCUACUCUUACACUUGGAAACAUUGUAUCAAACUUUUUUGAAACAUAUAAAGCUAGAACACCAGCCAAGCUCAAGUUUAUCGAUCUUUUCUUGACCACUACUUUCAUCACUGGUGUUCUUGUGUUUGCAUACUGUUGUUUAGCUGGUACUCAUCCAUUCAGUGCCUUUUUGGCUGCUUUCAUCUCUACUGUUGGUUCAUUCGUUUUAGCUGCUAGUUUAAGAGUUCAAGUAAACCCAUCAAACCACUUUAGAAACAUUUCCUUUGAGAGAGCCUUUGCAGAUUUCCUCAUCUUAUUCUCAAUCAACGUAGUUUCAUCAACUCGUGGUGAUAACAUUAGAAUUCAAAAGAAAUCAAAUCAGAUUGGAAUCAUUGGAUCUGGAAUUGGAGGAGCAUCAUGUGCAUACUAUCUAAAGAGAGCAUUGGGAGAAAAGGUUGAUAUUACAGUAUUUGAAAAAGAGAAUAUUGUUGGAGGUCGUGCUCAUGUGGUUCAUGUAGAUGAUGAACCUGUAGAGAUUGGUGGCAGUAUCAUUCAUCCACUCAAUGAAAAUAUGAAUAGACUAGUUCAUCAACUCGAUCUACAAACCUAUCACCCAGAAUCAAAUAGUUCCUAUGCCAUCUUUAAUGGCAAGGAAAUCAUUUUCAAAGAGAAUGAAUAUCUAUCCAUUAUUGAUAAAUUUAAACUCCUCUACAACUAUAGACUUGCUCCAAUUAAAUUUCAAGUUCAAAGAGACAAGAUUGUUCAACAAUUUUUAACAAGUUAUGGAUUUAUAGAACCAUUUGAAACUAUUCAAGAAUUCUUUGAUAGAAUACUAUUACCAAAUAUCACUAAAGUGACUGCCAAACAAUUCAUGGUUGAUGAGUCUGGUAUUGGAAAGGAGUUUAUUGAAGACAUCCUCUCUGCAGCCAUCAGAGUCAAUUAUAAUCAAGAGUAUGACAAGAUUGCUGCAUUUGCUGCAUUCAUAGCAUUGGUUGGUGCUGAAUCCAAUUUAUAUGCUGUAAAGGGUGGUAAUUAUUUAGUUGCCAAGGGUUGUCUAGAGAAAUCAAAAUCAAAGGUAAUUCAUUCAAUGGUUAAAUCUGUUACAAAGAUUCAAGAUGGGGAACAUCAAUACAAGGUUAAAACAUCUGAUCAAAAGGAAUAUGAUUUUGAUAUUGUAAUCAUUGCAACACCAUUGGAACUUUCAAAGGUUGAUAUUAUUGGAGUAGAUGGUAUUGAUUCAAUUCCCAAACGUCAGUUCAAAACGGUUCACACCUAUUUGAUUGCAGCCAAGUCAUUAAAUCCAACUUAUUUUGGUUUACCAGCCGAUUCUGUCCCACCAGAACAUAUUCUCACCUCUCACAAUACCUCUAUUCCAUUUUAUGUUGCAUCAAGAAAUCCAAGAGGAAUGCUCAAGGAUGGUAAAAUACUAUUCAAAAUAUUCAGUCAUUUGGAUUUGGACGAUAAACUCUUUUCUCAAGUAUUUAUUGACCAUAAAACUCAUGUUCAAAAAAAUUGGAAAGCUUAUCCAGUAUUAUCACCAGAGAAUUCAUUCCCACCAAUUAAAUUGGAUGAAUCAGGAGGAUUGUAUUAUAUCAAUGGAUUUGAACAUGCAGUUUCAACAAUGGAGACUGAAACUAUUGCCAGUAAGAAUGUUGCCAAACUCAUCACCAAAUCUUUGAUUACCAUAUCUGAUUUCUAUUUACCACUCUUUAAGAGAAUGGAUAACAUUGUAGAUGAUAGUGCACCUGACAAUCUAAAUAGACCAUCAACUACACAUGGUUCAUCAUUUCCAAAAGAUGAAUUAUAA